CCGACCCAAAAACCCUAGCACCCGGGGCCAGUAUAAAUCCUUAACGAUUCGGCGGAGAUCAUUUUCGUACCAGGGCCUCCGAAGCUAGGGUUUUUGAGAUGGGAAAAGGAACAGGAAGCUUCGGCAAGAGGAGGAACAAGACUCACACGUUAUGUGUGAGAUGCGGCCGCCGCAGCUUCCACCUCCAGAAGAGCCGCUGCGCCGCCUGUGCCUUUCCGGCAGCCCGCAAAAGGACAUAUAACUGGAGUGUGAAGGCAAUUCGAAGGAAGACCACUGGAACUGGUCGUAUGAGGUACCUCCGUAAUGUUCCCCGCAGGUUCAAGAGUGGCUUCAGAGAAGGUACUGAAGCAGCCCCAAGAAAGAAGGGGGCAGCCACAGCCUCUUAGGCUUCCAGGACAUUUUAUUUUCUCAUCUAUUGUCUUGACUUUUGCAAGAACAAUAUUUUGGGUCCUGUCUACUGAUUGUUAGUUGUUAUUGAGCGUGAGAUGUUAUUGUUAUUGAUUGGUUUGAUGGUUAUUGCCUUUCUUGGAUAAUAGAAAGUAUUUACUCUCA